GCCAUUUUCUCCGAAACGGAAAAGAAGGAGAAGGAGCAGGCGGCGGCUGAAAUACGAACAACUUGACGUCUUUUUGCAGCGCGUCGGGGCAUAAUUAGCUAGCUAAAUGUGUUCAUGGACUGUCUGGUGAUCAAUGGUUAUGGUAUCGAUCAGAUUGGGUUAGAUUUGUGCCGAUCGCUCAGCGCAAAGAUGGACGACGACGCGGCGCGGGAGGACGCCUGCCGAGAGUACCAGUCCUCCCUGGAAGACCUGACGUUCAACAGCAAGCCGCACAUCAACAUGCUGACCAUCCUGGCCGAGGAAAACCUGCACUUCGCCAGGGACAUCGUCGCAAUAAUUGAAGCACAAAUAAGCAAGGCGCCACCCUCCGAGAAGCUUCCAGUUUUGUACUUAGUGGAUUCCAUAGUGAAGAAUGUUGGAGGAGAGUACCUUGCAGUGUUUGCUAAAAACCUAGUCACUUCAUUUAUAUGUGUCUUUGAAAAGGUGGAUGAGAACAUUAGAAAGAGUCUGUUCAAGUUACGCUCGACGUGGGACGAUGUGUUCCCGCUGAAGAAGCUGUACGCUCUGGACGUGCGGGUCAACAACCUGGACCCGGCCUGGCCCAUCAAGCCGCUGCCGCCCACCGUCAACGCCAGCAUUCACGUCAACCCAAGGUUUUUAAAACAGUCUGAGGAGGCGUCCUCUCCACGGGCCACCACACCCCAGCCGACACCCCCCGCACCCGUCCCGGCCCCUGCUCCGGCCCCCGUCCCUGCGCCGGCGGUGAGCGAGGCCAGCCUGACCCAGGAGCAGCUGAUCCGGCAGCAGCUGCUGGCCAAGCAGAAGCAGCUCUUGGAACUGCAGCAGAAGAAGAUCGAGCUGGAGCUGGAGCAGACCAAGGCUCAGCUGGCAGGGGGCUUCGUGUUAACCACCCCUUCUACAGCCAACACUCCACCGGCCUCCGGCAGCUCAGCGCCAAAGGCAGCCAGCCAGCCCGGCCCUGUCAUCCGGCCAUGGAUCCCUCCUCAGCCCGAAGCAAAGCCUUCCACCAGAGAUCCCCGCCUCAACCGCUCUGGCCCGGCGCCAGGCCCCCAGCCCAAAGAACAGCCGGCGGGUAGAAAAGACGAGUCCGGUACGGUAGGCCCCGCCCACACACCGGAGAAACGUCUGCCAGAGAAAUCCAGCAAGCCAGACAAGAGCAGGACUCUGAAAAGAGAUGCACUGGAAGAGAAGCCCAAAUCCAAAUCCCCGUCUCCUAUGGCCAAAGGCGGACAGAGCAAGAACAAGCACGCCGAGGCCGAGAGCCCGAAGAUGCCCGAUGUGGCCAAGAAGGACCCUCGGCUGCGCAAACGCCUGCAGGACAAGAGCAGUGAGGCCCGAGAUGACGAGCAGAAGGAGAAGAAGCGAUGUGGUGACAAGAAAGAGAGAGAGGAGGCGACACGGGCGGCCGAAGCUCAGAAGCCCAAAGCGAAGCUGGUGAACGGCUCGGUGAACAAACACGAGCGCGGCGCCUCCGCCGAGAAAGCAGAGUUCAAGAGCGGCGGCAACGCGCGUACCAACGCCAGGAAACGCACGCGCUCGCGGUCCAGGUCACGCUCGCCCUCCACGUCCUCGCCCAAGAGGAAAGACAGGAGGUCGCCCAAGAGCCGAGCAAGGAGCAGCUCCUCCUCCCCCUCGCCGUCUCACAAACUUGGCAAACCCAGGAGAGCGCACGGCGACGAGCUUCAGCACGGCAAACCCGGCCGCGAGGAGAGGCCGGCGCUCAAAAAGAACACGGCAGAGAGCCGCAGGAACAAGAGGCCGGCCGAGGAGAGACACUCCGAGUCCAGAGAGUCCCACUCGCCCCGCAAGGAGAGCAAGGAGCUGCCACACCGCUGGAGGAGCGGCUGGGAGGAGAACAAACAUCUGAAGCAGUGUGAGGAUUCGUCCCACGGGAAGGCCAGCGCCCAGAGACACAAGCCAUACAACACGCUGCCACGGCCCACCACGCCCCGAACCCCCAAACACCGGCUCAGCGUGGACGCCAACCUGCAGAUCCCCGAGGUCCUCAACUCGGCCAGCAAGAGGGACCUGCUGAGGAGGGCCAGCAAACGUCUAGAGAGCGGCGAGAUUUCCCAGGAAGACUUCUUGAACGUGGCCCACCAGAUCAAGCAGCUCUUCCAGUACCAGGAGGAGAAGCAGCAGCGCUCCGAUAUCUGGGAGACCUCCGGCGACCAGCAGAACAAGUUCCCCGGCAAGAAGCAGCCACUGCUGGCCACGCCCCCCUCGCCUCAGUCCCGGGCACAUGACGCCAUGGGCGAAGCCGAGCUGUCGUACUACGAGCACAAGUCCAAGCUGAGGAGGACGCAGGUGAACCGCCGACCGGCCGGGGAUGAAUGGAAGGACGAGGACAGUCCCGAGGACGGUGAGGACGCCGGCCAAGGGAGCAAGCAGGGCGGCCGGGGCCCCGCACACCCCCCACACAAAUACAGCCUUCCACCACGGGACAGGCAAGGGGAGCGGCAGAGUAAGGAGCGUGAGGAGCCGCCUCAACCGGCUCAGACUCCCAUGAUCGAGGAGUACAACCACGGCAAGGAGUUCCCCACCCUGAAGGGGCUGCGCUUCAGGAGGAGGGCGGACCCCCGAGAGUCCAGUGAGCGGGAGUGGAACUCUCCCCUGACCGAGCGCCAGCGUUACGACGAGAGGGAGGAGCAGAAAAGCGGUUAUGAUGCUCCAAGGAGGUUCGGCGAGUCCCGCCACCCUGACCCACGGAGGCAGGAGCGCCUCCCUCCCUCGGCCACCGUGGUGCACAGGAACUGUCCGAGCCCGGCCGGCCUGGAGGCGCCGACCCGCCAGUCCCCGGUGGCCGGGUACGAGCGGGAGCGCCUCUCACCGCUCCACCAAAAAGACUCGGCAGAGAUGAGCCCCAUCCCGCGGUUCGAGAGCCCCAACAGUGAGCACUCGGACGACGGGCCGUUGAACCUGGACGUACCACCUCCUCACCCUCACCCCCCUCCCCGGUCCAUCCUCAAGGCACCCCCCCGCGGGGGACCGCUUUCCUCGGUCCGCCAGCACAGCGACUCCCCGGGACACACGCCGCCUCACGAGGGAGCCCACGCUCACUCACGGUAUGACGGCCCCGGACACACCGGCCCGUCCAGGCCGCACCCCCCGGGACGGUUCGAAGGCGGCGGCCCCGCGCGCUUUGAUGAACCCUCUCGGUACAACGGCCCUCACCACCAGGGCCCCGGCAGGUUCGAGGGCGGCGGUGCGCCUGGACACAGCAUGCCAGAAAGGUUUGACGGACCCGGUCGCUACGACCCACCCAUAACUCACGGCCCGAUGAGAGGUGGGGACAGCAUGGUGAGGUUCGAGGGCCCGCCCCACUCUCAGGGCUCCGGCAGGUACGACGGUCCCAUCGGCCAACAGCCACCGGGCCGGUUUGACGGCCAGGGGCCCGGCCCCGCGCACUUUGACGGGCCCAUGCAGCGCUUCGAGGGGCCGCGGCGGUUCGACAACAAUAUGGCGCCCGGGCCGGGACACGGGCCGAUGGGCUUCCAGCAGCAGCAGCAGCAGCAGCGCCCCAUGCGGUUCGACUGCCCUCCAAACCAGAUGGGCCCGAUGCGGUUUGAGGGCCCCGGCCCGAUGCGGUUUGAGGGGCCUGGACCGAUGCGGUUUGAAGGGCCGGGCCAGCCCGGGCCCCGGUUUGAAAUGCACCAGGGCAUGCCCCCCCGCUACGAAUGCUCCCCCGCCCAGCAGGGCCCGCCCCAGUACGGCCCGCCCCACAACAUGCAGCACCCCAUGAGGCCCCUGGGUCCCCCCGUCUACGAAAACCCGGCCCCUCCUCAGCAGAACUUCAACGUGGCUGCCCAGCGCUUCCCGGAGCCCCUGAACCCUCAGUACCCCGCCGGCCCGCUGGCCUUCCAGACGCCGCAGAACCAGAACCUGCAGGGGGCCGGCUUCAACAUGCAGCCCGCCCCCCCCUUCAGCCAGCCGGCCCCCGGGCCCUUCUACAGCCCCGCGGCCCCCGCAGGCUCCAUGCAGCAGCAGCAGGUGAACUUGAUGGCCAACCUCAACCAGCCCUUCCUGCCUCAGAACGCUGUGCCUUUCAGACAGCCAGCUCCCCAGUUUGUUUCUCCAGAAAGCCACUUUGGUCAGGUUGAUGUCAACGACUUGCUGUCCAAACUCAUCUCCACCGGCAUCAUCCCCGCGGCCAAGCCUACCCAGACCGACACCACGGCAACCACUGAGACCGAGUCUGCGGUGGCAGCUGCCCCCGGGCCGGCGGCCGAGGAGGAGGAGGAGGAGGAGCAGGAGGUGGAGGAAGACGUGCCCGACCUCACCAGCUUCCACAUCGAGGACAUGAAACAGCGUUUCGACAGCGUGGUGACCAAGCUGUACACGGGCAUCCAGUGCUACUCGUGCGGCAUGAGGUUCACCGCCGCCCAGACCGACGUGUACGCCGACCACCUGGACUGGCACUACAGACAGAACCGCUCAGAGAAGGACGUGAGCCGCAAGGUCACACACCGCCGCUGGUACUACAGCCUGACGGACUGGAUUGAGUUUGAGGAGAUCGCUGAUCUGGAGGAGCGGGCCAAGAGUCAGUUCUUUGAGAAGGAGAACGAGGAGGAGGAGCAGAAGAGCCAGGAGGCGGCGAGGGAGAAGGAGUUCCAGAGCGUCCGGGCCACGGCCGACGUGGUGGGAGAGUCAUGUGACAUCUGCCAGGAGGCGUUUGAGAUGUACUGGGAGGAAGAGGAGGAGGAGUGGCACCUGAAGAACGCCAUCAGGGUGGACGGCAAGCCGUACCACCCGUCCUGUUACGAAGAUUACAAGAACACGUCGUCGUUCCUCGACGCCACGCCGUCGCCCAACAAGCUGCUGACCGAGAACCCGCUCAGCGCCUUUGUGAAGCGCGAGCCGGAGGAGGACGAGGUCACUUCCUGUGACGCCGCCGUCAAACAGGAGGCGGAGCCCGAGGACGGCGGGGCUCCGGACGUGAAGCGGGAGCAGGAGGAGGUUCCUGUGGAGGCGAGCGUCACGCCGGCGAGUGCAAUUUCCUGAAGCAGGAAGGGCAGCAGAGCGCGUUUUGUUUUUUAAAGGAGAAGAUAUUGAUAUUUUUUUACAGCUGAGGCGGGGCUUCAGCGACGCCACGUGAUGAAUACAUUUUUGUAUUUGGAUUCUGCCUGUUCCUUUCAGGUCUGUUUACUGGACUGAAACAUCAGAAUUGCAAAAAAAAAAAAGAAAAUAUAUGAAAAAAGUUCUUUCGUUUUUCGGGGGAAAAUGUAUGUAAAUAAUUUAAUUUAUAAAUUAAAGUAUUUUUUGGUAUCUCUUGUGUAAUAUUGAUUGAAUCUAAAAGGGCCGUGAUUAUGACUCUCAGAAAUUUGCUUUAAUGGUUUUGGCUCCCUCAGUCAGUUUGUACAGAGUUUAAUUUUAUUCCUGAGGUUUCAGUCUGAGUUCUUCCUGAGUUGGAUGUGAAUUAACUGUAGCUGAAGUGCCACUCGUUGUUGUUGUUGUUGUCGGCUCCGUUAACCAAGGUAAGCAUUGAAACCCCGCCGGUUUGGAUCCAGAUUGAUCCGGUUUGGUCCAGUUCGCCUGCGCCGAGGCUUCCCGGUCGGAACAGGAAGGUGCGUUUGAUUUGUGGGCCGGUCUUCAAUAAAGAGGAGUCUGAAAGUGGCUUUGUGUUGGUGUGAACAGUGAUUGGUGUGUCUCACUUUUUAUUGUCACUUCGGUUCUGAAAACUAAAUAAAGGUUCUGUGGAUUUAAA